UAGAAUCGCGGGGUUAACGCAAGCGCCUCGACGCUCGUCGGUGCAGCUAGGCGCCCCGACGCCACUCGAAUAUCGCCCGUCACGACGUCAGCUUCGUUGAGAAUGGUUUGCUUGAAUGUUACGCGCUCCCGGUCUCCUCCUGACAGGAGAGCCGAAUGCUGAUCGACUGUGGAUUAAAAUUUUCGAUUCAGUGAAGUGGUUUUGACGUUUCAAAUGUAACUGGACAUUUUUUUUCUGUGAUUUCACCUCACGCAAUAUUUACCGCAGAUGACUGAUAUUAAUUAAUGUUCGAAUAAAUAGUCUUAAUUAAGCUUAAUAGAUAAGUUUUCUGUGAAAUGCUAGUGUUGGUUGGUUGAUUAGUGGAAAAUUUAAAAUGGAGAGACGAAGAUUACUGUAUAUAAUUAGUUUGUUCUUCUUUUGCACUGGAGUUGUUUUGUCCAAUUUCGAGGAAGAUUUAUUAAGUAAUAACAUUAGCAUAUACCCGUAUUUUGAAUUCAACGUACCAAGAAAUGUAACAACCACCGUCGGGCAAACGGCUUUCCUUCACUGUAGAGUAGAACAAUUGGGAGACAAAGCGGUGUCGUGGAUCAGGAAGCGGGAUCUGCACAUACUCACCGCCGGCAUUCUGACCUACACGUCGGACCAGCGGUUCCAGGUGAUAAGGCCGGAUAAAUCGGACAAUUGGACGUUGCAGAUCAAAUUCCCGCAAAUCAGGGACUCGGGCAUCUACGAAUGUCAAGUUAAUACAGAACCAAAAAUGUCUUUGCCUUUUCGACUGAACGUUAUAGAAGCGAAAGCUCGCAUACUAGGACCAAGCGAUUUGCACGUGAAGGCCGGCAGCUCCAUCACUCUCAGCUGUCUUAUAAACCAGGGCCCGCACGACUUAGGGACGGUGUUCUGGUACAAAGGCGAGAACAUUCUGGAGACGUCAACUCAACGUUACACCAACGACGCGGAUUACACGAGUAGACUCACGAUUGAGAACCAAUGGCUGGACGGUUUGUCUUCGAAAUUGCACAUUUCGAACGCCCAUAUUUCGGAUUCUGGCAACUACACGUGCGUACCCACCGUCGCAGGACCCACCAGCGUAAACGUGCACGUUAUUAACGGCGAGCACCCGGCUGCGAUGCAACACGGCAACAAGAAUACGGCUUCUCUAUCUCUUUCGAUCCAAGGCACUAUUGUAUAUAGUAUUUUCGUCAUAGUGACUAAACAAAUUAGAUGAAACACUGUAAAUAUAAUUAUCAUUCGUCAACCCUCAUUCUGAAGAUCCUUUUAAUCAUGAUUGCCCGAGAUAAGCGCGCCAGAGGCG